UAAAGAAAUUACACUUUCUUAUGUUCCAUUUUUUUAUUACAUUUUAAUGCAAUUAUUUUUUAAUAUCUUCGCUUGGGUAAAUAAUUAUAAUUAACGAAAAUAUAACUAUAUGAAUGUAGUAUAUACUUACAAUACACCUACGUCAUAAGUUUCAAUAUCCGGUUUACAACUUAACAAAGUGAAUCGGGCAUUCCCGCGCGCGCGCCAAAUUCCAUUCCGUUGCGUUCCUGUGUCGCGCGGCCAAUUACAUUAUUGAUCGUAGUUGCUGACUGGGCAUCUGAAAAAAUGAGUCUCAAAAACUCCCCGAAAAUGUCUCAGCGUGAAAAAUUCGAGCUAAUUAACUCUGAAGUGCGGUCUUUUUACGAAUAUUGUAAAGAAGCGGGGAUAAGUGAUGAGGAGAUGAGUAUAAUUUGCCGCCCAUUGACGAAUGCUGUGAGAAAGGCUUACAUCAAGAAAUGGACGAGGAUAUUUCUAGUGUUGGUGAUGGUUUUCGCGAUUGGUUACACGGUGAGCCAGACUGAUACGUUUCAGUGGCACGCGUCGGCCGUGGCUCGCAGUGUUUUGAUAAAAUUGCUGCCGAUAUGGGACUGGACCCCGCUGUAUUACAACAAGUGCUUGAUUGAAAAGUCGCAGCCACAGAAUCUGGAUAACAACAUUGUAUCGCCCACAGAUUGCAUCGCUUGUGAAGCAGUCAAAAGCAUCGUCCGCGUCUCCGACACCAGCUACAAUGAGGUGUUCAACCACCAUCUCCUCCGCGGCGCCCCCGUCAUCGUCACAGACGCGUACUACGACUGGUCCCCCUCCCCCAAACUGAACCUCACGAACCUCAUCAACAACGAUGACCGUCUUCGGGACUCUGUUCCCUGCAGGAUCCUCACUAACAUCAGAAUAGGCCGUCAACCGAUGGACCUUGAAGAAAUAGCUUCGCGUAUAACCAACACUGAAAUUCCAAGUUGGUUCGUUCACUUCCAAAACUGUGAUAUUCGUGCCGUGAAAUCCUUCAGGAUCCUUGCUCCUAGACCUUACUUCCUUUCCCCGCAUAUCCCGCCUUCCCAUUUUAACUGGCUGGUCCUAUCCAAAAACUAUGAUACUCAUCGUUAUAAGUAUUUGGAGUUGGAUGUGGGGCUAAUCAUCAUGUCUCAGUUGAAAGGGAAGAACUUCAUACAGUUAAGACCGCGGUCGCCGUGUGAAGAUGACUGUUACACGCUAAACUUCGAAUUAUUAGAGGGGGAGACCUUAGUCCUAGGCAAUUCCUUGUGGGAAUUCGAAUAUCUACCUGGAAAAGGGGAUAAUUUGGCCAUGAUCACCGAGACUGAUUGGAUUGAAUCAUGAAUCUAAGUAAAUAACGCAAUGGAUACGAUAAACGAACGAUUUUAGGUUUAAGUUGUUGGUUAUUGAAAUCGCGGAUUGUGGAAUCAGCUGAUCCGUAAAAUUUCGACAGUAUCUAAAUUUUCUAGAACCGAAAAUUUGCUUAUAGUUUUCUGAAUGAUAGCUAUUUAAUCUCAUAAUCUAAAUUAAUGAAGUAUGUUCAAAGAUAUCGUUGUUUAGAUUUAAAAAGAAGUUCCGGUUUUGAUCAAAAAGUCUGAAUCAGACAUUUAUUUUUCAGCAGGUAUUUAAUAAACGAAAUUUUCUGGCUUAUUAGCCAGAAACUAAUACUGACAUAAACUAUGAUCAAAAAGCAAACAAGCAAAAAUUAAAACAAAACAAACACAAAAUAAAACAUUCAAUAAACGCCGGCAGUCGCCUUGAUACGUUCGAAACAGCUAUCAUUAGUUCCAAGGACGCAUAGCCCGACGCUUUAGAAAGUUGGUUCUGCAAUCCGCACAGAUAUAUUUAAGAGUAUAUAAAGUUAUUUAAUGUUAUUAGCGAAUGGGACAGUGGCAUAACAAUGAAUUCGCAUAUUGCAUCAAAAUAUGUGAAGCGAAAUGGCAUUGUGGCGCGGCAAUCAAGUUCCGGUGCCACCUGGUAAAGCAAGUCCGCGAUUGCCGGAUUUAUAGUUCUUAAGUAUAAACCACUCAAUUUCUGGGUAGUAAUAAAACAUCCUAAGAUUAUGUACACAAUUGUAAUAAUAUUAAAUUUUACCAUCAUUGGGUUCGAAACGUCUAUUGUUGGAACCAAUGUUGGUCACAAUUUGUAGGUGCAAAAUUUGGAUAUAUGCGAAUUAUGCCAAGCUAAUCAUCACUAUGGGCUAUUGUUAUGCCACUGCGAGAAUGCCAAGUACAAAAAAUGUUUUUCCUACGUAAAAGAUGCGUGUUGCGUAUAGCGUGAUAAAUAGGAUCACUGCCCUCUCAAUAUUUACAAAGACUCAGUAUUUAGUGUGAUGACCAUACAUUUCACAAUUUGCUACUUAUUAAUAACAUAAUAGAGUCAGCCAAAUCAUAAAUCGUGCUAAGAUAAAGUUGACUCUCUGGAUAUAUUAGAAUUAACUAAAUCGUCGAAAUGCUUCCCUCUUGCAAGAUUUAAAGGUAAUUCGUCUGCAUAAGUUCAAAUUGUGAAAGUUAUAGCUCUGAAAAGAAAAUGUCGAAUUCUUAAUAAAAUAUCAAGAAAACAGUGAUUCUAUGUAAAGCUUUUGAUGGUAAAACCGAAAA